AUGCUUAACCUUCCCACGACAUUUCUUUUCUCUGGUGGUGGAAGUGGUGUUCUACAAGGAACUACUUGUGAGGCCAUCUUGUGCACACUAACCGCGGCGAGGGACCAAAUGAUAGACAAAAUUGGGAGAGAAAACAUAGGGAAGCCUGUUGUUUAUGGAUCUGAUCAAACCCAUUCUGCUGCAUUUGGGUUAUCUCCCGAUUCACUAAGGUCAGCAAUUCAAUCAGAUAUCAAAUCUGGGUUAAUUCCAUUUUUUUCCUGUGCCACUAUAGGGGCUACUUCAUCCAAUGCGGUUGAUCCAUUGGGGCCAUUAUGUGAUGUAGCAAAAGAUUAUAAUAUAUGGGUUCAUAUUGAUGCUGCAUAUGCAGGAAGUGCAUUUAUUUGCCCAGAGUUUCGCCAUUUUCUUCGUGGUAUUGAGGGUGCUCACUCAUAUAGCCUCAAUGCACAUAAAUGGUUCUUCACCACUUUGGAUUGUUGUCGUCUUUGGAUAAAGGAACCAAGUGCCCUAAUCAAAGCUCUCUCAAAUGAUCCGGAGUAUUUGAAGAACAAGGCUUCUGAUUCAAAACAAGUGAAGAUUCCGAGCAAUGAAGCUAUGGCUUGUGCUCAGAAGCUAGGAGCAUCAAACCUCAGAAACUUCAUAAGGGGUCAUGUAAAAAUGGCUAAACAUUUUGAACGGCUCAUAGCUGUGGACAAGAGUUUCGAGGUCAUGGUUCCUAGAAAUUUUGCAAUUGUUUGUUUUCUGGUUUUGCCAUUAAUGCUGGGAAAUCCAAAGCAGAAGCUUUUAGGUGGAGAAGAAGCAAAUGAAUUCAACAGAAAAUUUGGAAUCCAUUAA